CUGUGAGACCAUUCGGAAACAUUUGGAACCAGACACCGUCAGGUUUCUUGGGCAAUCGCCGCCUGGAACCGGCAAGCCUGCCUCGUGCACCCAAAUCUGAAGAACCAUCGGCCAACAGAGCAGUUUCUAUCGGCGCAGCGGCCUCUAAGUACCUAGUGCGUAUUACAGGACCCAGUCUCGGACUUCAGAUUCAACGGCUUGCCCACCAUGCCUCCCAAAAAGAACGAGAAGGGUGGGAAGAAGCCCGAUGUCAAGAAGAUUGUCGAGGACAAGACUUUUGGCAUGAAGAACAAGAAGGGCGCCGUGGCGAAAAAGCAGAUUGCCCAGAUUGCUUCGUCGGCGAAGGCCGCGGGGAGUGCUGAGCAGAAGCGCAAGGAGGCAGAGAGAGCCGCUCGCGAGCGGGAGAAGAAGGCUGCCGAAGACGCAAAACGGGAGGCCGAGGCGCUUCUCAACAAGCCCGUCCAGAUCCAGAAGGUGCCCUUCGGCGUCGACCCGAAGACAGUUGUGUGCAUCUUCUACAAGAAGGGCAACUGCGAGAAGGGCAAGAAGUGCAAGUUCGCGCACGACCUCGACGUGGAGCGUAAGGUCGAGAAGAAGAACCUGUACCAGGAUACACGAGACGACGAUGAGGAGAAAAAGAAGCAGGAGACCUCGGCCGACUGGGACGAGGAAAAACUGCGAUCCGUCGUCUUGUCCAAGAAGGGGAACCAACGCACAACAACCGACAAGGUGUGCAAGUACUUCAUCCAGGCCAUCGAGGAUGGCAAAUACGGUUGGUUCUGGAUUUGCCCGAACGGUGGCGACAAGUGCAUGUACAAGCACGCUCUUCCGCCAGGCUUCGUCCUCAAGACCAAAGAACAACGAGCGGCGGAGAAAGCGCUAUUGGAUAAGUCGCCACUCAAGACAUUGACAAUCGAAGAAUUCCUCGAAUCAGAGAGGCACAAGCUUACGGGGACGCUCACGCCGGUGACACCCGAGACAUUUGCUAAGUGGAAGAAGGAGCGUCUAGACAAGAAGGCUGCCGAAGAACAACUGCGUAAGGCUAAGGAGGCUACCGGCCGUUCGCUGUUCGAGAGCGGCAACUGGAGGAUGGAUGACGACGACUCAGAAGGGGAGGAUGACGGCGCAUGGAAUCUUGAGAAGCUACGGAAGGAGACGGAAGCGCUUGCGAUCAAGAGAGAAGAGGAGCGGCUGGCUGCCCUGCACGGCAUUCCCUUGUCAAACGGUGACGCGAGCGGCGGGACCGCAGGGCAAGGGGAAGCGGAGCCUGAGGCAGUCCCAAACAAAUGAGCGGUCGCUCCGAAAGAGGACUACUCAGAACGAAACGCCGCGCGGCCGCGAGAGGGCAGCGAGCCCACAGAGUGCUCCUCCUCAACCGGCAGCAGGCGCGUCGGCCACACCGCUUAAAACAUCUGGCAACUCUUGAGAUUGGCUCGGAGGUGGUGUGUCCCGGCUCGAAAGAACUAGGAUAAGGUGUGCGGCCCCAGGGAGGCAACCGGGUCGGUUAUAUAGGGGUU